GUGCCACUUUCAGGAAGUGCAGCACACCCGGGCUCCAAGGCCGAAGAGCCAUCGCAUGGUUGGGAGCAGGAGAGAGGUGACCGUGGCUCUCGCUCGGCUCAGGGCCCCUGAGCUGCUGUCCCCACCCCAGGGCCUAGCGGCAAUGGCCACAGCCAGGCUCACGGACAAGUUAGAGGAGGAAGCCAAAUGCCCCAUCUGCUUGGACUUCCUGUCUGACCCGGUGACGGUCGACUGCGGGCAUAACUUCUGCUGCCACUGCAUCACCUGCCACGGCGACGCAAAGGGCAGGGACCACGGGGCAAUCCCCUGCCCGCUUUGCCGGACCCCGUACUGCAAGAAGAACUUCAGAGUCAACAAGCAGCUGGGAAGCCUGAUAAAGAGCAUCCAGGAGUUGCGCCAGCUGGUCACGGACCAGCAACAGGCCUCAGUUCAGCAAGCUGGGAUGGUGCCUACAGCCCCCCAGGGAAUGGGGUCCGGGGGCCCCGGAAAAGAUCCAGAGAAGCGGAAGCUCAUCCAACAGCAACUUGUUCUCCUCUUGCACGCCCACAAAUGUCAGCAGCGGGAGCAGGCAAACGGUGAAGCCCGACAGUGCAACCUUCCCCACUGCCGCACGAUCAAGAACGUCCUCAACCACAUGACACACUGUCAGGCCGGCAAGUCCUGUCAGGUGACACACUGUGCAUCUUCACGACAAAUCAUGUUUCAUUGGAAGAAUUGUGCAAGACCUGACUGUCUUGUGUGCCUGCCCCUCAGAAAUUCAGGAGAUAAGAGAAAUCAGCAAUGUGCCAGUCCACUGGGAGUAAACGGAGGUGGGGGGGUUCAAGCCCCCAGUCUGCUUUCUGACUCAAUGUUGCGUUCAGUGGUGAAUUCUCAAAACCCAAUGAUGAGUGAAAAUGCCAGUCUUGCCAACUUGGGGGCCAUGCCAACAGCAGCCCAACCAUCCAGUACUGGAAUUCAGAAACCAUGGCAUGAAGAUAUUACUCAGGACCUCCGAAAUCAUCUUGUUCAUAAACUUGUCCAAGCCAUAUUUCCUACUCCUGAUCCUGCAGUUUUGAAAGACAGGCGACUGGAAAACUUGGUUGCAUAUGCUCGGAAGGUGGAAGGCGACAUGUACGAAUCAGCAAAUAGCCGAGCGGAGUACUAUCACCUGUUAUCCGAGAAGAUCUAUAAUAUCCAGAAGGAACUGGAGGAGAAGCGGAGGACUAGACACCAGAAACAGAGCAUGAUGCGGAAUGCCCCAGGCAUGCCACUGCCAUCCUCCAUGAGUCAAGGGCCCAGUAUGGGGCAGCCACAGCCAGGAAUGUCUGCUAGUGCCAGUUCUGGGGAGGUACAAGUUCCCAGCCCGCCCUCUCAGCAGAUGCAGUCAGCAAUGAAUUGCUAAAAUCCUCAGAGCACCAGAGAAGCAGCUGGAACAUCGGCCAGCCUGUUGGUGAGCCUCUGCCUCGCCUGUGCCCAAGUGGGCUCUCCUCCUCGGCUCUGCCGUGAAACUCAACUUGCGGGCUUGAAGUGAAAACUCCCUGCCCUUCCUGCAGUAGCUGGAGCCUUCGAUCACACUUCCCGCCUUUCUUGGGCUGUGGGUGGGUGGGCAGGCAAUCAUAACUGGAAUUGGGCUCCAACAGAGAGGGGCUCACUGCAGCUCUCCUGUCCCCAGCAUUUAAUCAGCCCCAGUGGAUCCAAUCAGUGUCUAAGUAAGACUCCUUCUGCCACGCAGCCUUCAUUUCCCAUCUCUCUUCAUACACCACCAUCACGCUCCCCCCUCCGCCACCCCUCCAGGUCCUGGCAAUAUCCCUGGGAGAAGCAGCGUGAAUAGAGCACAAGCCGGGGAGCUAGGAGAACCUGGUUUCUAAUCCCA